GCUAUGGACCUUCCGACGAUGGAGUGAAAGAACAAAAGAAUUAAUUCAGGGGCGCUGGCGCUUUUGUAGAGAAAAAAUAUUUUUUUAAAAAAGAAGAGGUUUAUUAUUUAAUGAGAAAAAUAUUUAAUGAUAAUCUUGUGCUGUUAGUGUUAUACAAUGCCGAGUAGUACAGUGUUUACAGAGGUGGAGCGGGACGACGGCGACUCCAGGCCGCUCCACAUCGCCAUGGAACAACUCUCCGUGUUCGGCCUCCCGGACUCGCCACCUCCUUCCGCUCAACACCGCCGGGGCCCGGACUCCGACUCCCCGCCUUCACCGCCCCCGCCGUCGUCGGCCGGGGCCGGCGGCGUUUCGGUGUCUGGGCCCGGGGUCGGGCCGCUCCACCCGCCGCAAGGAGCGGCCCCUUGCCCCGGCGGCCUCCCUCUCGUUUCCUCCGUCCUGGCUCUAUUCGACGCCGAGCAGGUCCAGCCGCCGCAACAGCAGCCGCCGCCCAGGAAGAAGAGCGUCAACAUGACCGAGUGUGUGCCCGUGCCCAGCUCCGAGCACGUCGCCGAGAUCGUCGGUAGGCAGGGUUGCAAAAUCAAAGCACUAAGAGCAAAAACCAACACUUAUAUCAAAACUCCAGUUCGAGGAGAAGAGCCCAUCUUUGUUGUCACUGGGAGAAAGGAGGAUGUGGCAAUGGCCAAGAGGGAGAUCAUUUCAGCUGCAGAACACUUCUCAAUGAUACGAGCAUCCCGAAACAAAAAUGGGGUUGUACCUGGCGCUCCUUCUGGAAUACCUGGCCUCGCUGUACCUGGGACUCCCAAUCUGCCUGGGCAAACCACCAUUCAGGUACGGGUUCCUUACCGUGUGGUGGGUUUGGUAGUGGGGCCCAAAGGAGCCACGAUUAAACGUAUUCAACAGCAAACCCAUACGUACAUAGUCACUCCCAGUCGGGACAAGGAGCCGGUGUUCGAAGUGACCGGUAUGCCUGAGAACGUUGACCGAGCUAGGGAGGAAAUAGAAGCACACAUUGCUGUUCGUACGGGCAACUACAUUGAAGUAAAUGAAGAGAAUGACUUCCACUCAAAUGGCACAGAUGUGAGUUUUGACAGCAGUGGGUUUGAGUCAACGUGGGGGAAGAUGAGCUCUGUUCCCACCACCCGCAACAGACUUCUCUCCAGCUACAGAAACGACAGCUCCAGCUCCCUCGGGAGUGGAUCAACUGAUUCCUACUUUGGAAAUAACCAGGUGGCUGACUUUAGCCCGACAAGUCCAUUCAGUGCGAGCGGUUUCUGGUUCGGCGAGUCUGUUGCAACCAUGAGUUCGGAUGAUUUGGGCUUUGAAUCAUCUGCUUUUGACCCUCUUCCGGCCACACCUCAGUCUGUGAUCUGGUGUCCAUUUGAACAGGGAAAUCCUGUUGGCAUUGCUAAUGAAUCGGCUGCUGGUGCAAUAACCCACGAUAGUCAGCCAACCACCCCCCGCCUAUCACCGACCUUUAUGGAAAACAUAGAGAUCCACCUUGCCAGGAGGCCUUGCAGUGAUCCCUUGAACAUGGUCAGUCAAGUUGGGCUUCCAGUAUACAUCUCUGCCUUCUCCAACGGUACGAGUUACUCCUCCAACAGCAGCGCCACGUCCGGCUCACCGACCGACUCCUCCGGCUCUGGAAUGGCCCGGGGCAAACGCGAUUGUGUGGUCUGCUUUGAAAGUGAAGUGAUCGCAGCCCUGGUGCCUUGCGGGCACAACCAUUUCUGCAUGGAGUGUGCCAACAGAAUCUGCGACAAGGAAGAGCCGGUGUGCCCAGUGUGUAACGCACUUGUUACUCAGGCAAUCCGCAUCUACUCAAUGGACCAAUUGGCAGGGUGAUGAAUGGGCAAGGAAGAGUUUAGAUGUUGGUACUUGUCUGGAAACUUCCUAAUUCUAAACCAUGACUGUUACAUAGUUGGAUUCAUGGGAUUAGACUAUGAGUUUUCUCUAAAUUUCAAUCAGUUGGGUAAUUUUUUGAUGGGUAAACCUGUUUAAUGGAUUAAGAUGCAAGGUGAAUCAACCUGAGUAUAAACACUUUGGAAAAUAUGUUUCUCAACAAUGUGAAAGUGGUCUGGAGGAGUUAGUAUUUUAAGUUGUACCACUUUUUUCAAGCCUAGUUAAAAUUUCUGCCAGGGUACCUGAUCUCUAAAACCAUUUCCAUGCUCUGGUUAUUCCUUCUGGAAAUGUCUAAAUGAAAAAACAGUUUGCUAUUUUGAAACCCUCUGACAAUUGUCUUUUAAACCUUUCUUUUGUCCCUCAAGUUGUUGGUUCAAACUUGGAUAAGGUAUGAAAGGAUUGCAAGCACCUAUGAAGCUCUGGUGCAGUAAGGGAUUUGAGGAAAAGAGUUAAAAGUUGGGAUUAGGAUCAAAAGAUAGAGGUAUGAAAGAUGUGAAACUGCCAUGAACUUGGUUGGGUCCAGAGGGAAAUUAAGGAAUUGUUGUUCUGUGGAUAUGGAAAAUUGGGCAUUUUGUCUGUUGUUGCAGGUAGAUUCUCUGCCUUCUCAACUCCUGUGAUUUGAUUAACAUUUUUAAAAUGUUGAAUAUUAUCUGUUAGAAAAAAGUUAAGUCAAUAUAUAUCUGCAAACUAUAUUGAGCCAUUAGCGUAUGUGUCCUACACAUACCAUUUGUCUUUAAUCAAAGACAGACCAUUUUUAGUGAUGCACAAAUACAUUUGCUAUCAGUUUGAAUGACAUACUGAAGUAGUUGGUGUGUGGAGAGGGAAAAGCUGUUUUUCUAGUGGGGUGGGAUUCGUGUUUGGUGAUGGUAAGUGAACGACUGCUCUUUUUGAGUUUUGAUCUUCAGCCAUUUGGCAAAUAUUCUGAACCCAGGCUGCUAGGUGGUAGUUUGUUGAUUUUUGAGUGAGACUUCUAGAAAUUCUUAACUUGUUCCCUGGGGGAAGAACUUAGCUGAUGAACAGUUGAUUGAUUUUUAAAGAAUAUAUUAUACAUAUGGACUGAGUCUUAAUACUCGAGUUGCAAAUCCCUGCUAUAGAAAAUCUUCAAAUUUUCAGUAAUCUUGUCCUAGCCCAUCUGUCACCAAGCUUGGCCUCCAAUCAUAAGCUUGCAGAUGGUUUCCCCUACAUAAUACUUGCUCUGAACCUCAUGAUUUUUCCCGAUUUUUUAAAAACUUCUCUAAACUAAACAAUAUUGUUUCUAGAGUGAGACUUCUGGAGGUUUUUUUUUAGUGGUUUCCUUGUGGGAGGAACUUGGCUAAUGAACAGCUGAGUGAUUUUUGUUUUUUUUUAAUAUUCUACAUGAUGGAUUGUGGACUAAGUCUCACUACUCAACAAGCUGCAAAUCCCUGCCAUUAAACAUUUUUAAAUAUUCAGUAAUUUUGUAGGUAUUAAUCCAGGAGUCACCAGCCUUGGCUUCCAAUCAUAAAUGAGUAACCUUUUUCCCUGCAUAAUUUCUCUGAACCCCAUGGUUUUUUUUUCAUCAUUGUUUCCUUUGUUUUUCUAAACUGGCCAAUAUUGUGCAGUAACUACCUUCCUUCUCUUAGGAACAGUUUAGUAAACUGUUCAGAGUUACUUUUCACGGCAUAUGGGCAUUAUUAGUGAGGCUCUUAAUCCCCUUAGCAAAUGGAAGUGAGCAUUAACCCUCUUGUUAAGAUAUUCCCAUAAUCUUGUUAGAUUGGAUGUUACCAUAUUUGGAUCCUAAUGAAGAAGGAAUAUCGAUACAGUGGAUUCCAGUUAAUAGGGACAUGUGGGGACCAGUACAUUUUGGCAGAAUUAAACAGCUGCCCCAAUUAGCUGAAAUAGCAUGUGAAUAGUUAAAAAGGUAUAAAUAAGACAAACUACCAUUUAACUGAGUAAUGAAUUAUGUGUUUAAAUGAAAUACAGAAGAGAUUAGAACACUACCAAAAGUUCCUAAUAGUUAUUGACGGAGAAAUUCAUCCACUAUAUGGUGCUGCAUUCUUUUGACUGUAAAAUCAGCAUAGACACCUAGUGUCUAUGCCUUCAUACAAUGCAAUCAACAAUUGCAUUCUUCAAAUCUUAUUUUUCAUUGUAACCUUCAAAUUCUUUGUAGUUCCGAACUUGUUAAAGUACUGAAAUCAUUUCAUUUUCACUCCCAGCUGUUUCUGGCAUCUCCAGGCCUGAAUACCUAAAACCACAGUGAGCAAAACAGUUCUGAAUUGUCUUGCUGCUUAUUUCUCACCAACUAUUAUUGAUAAAAAUCACUGCUUUUUAAACAGAAACACAGGCAAAUUACACUAUUUUAAAAAUUGUUUGCUCUAAGAACAGUGUAGUGUCUAAUGGCCCCGCAAGUGCACGUGACUGAUGCUAGUUAGAAACUGUUUGGCAGCAUCCUCCUAUCCUAGCUAUUUUCUUGAUCAGAUUUUGUUCGUUUGUCUGAAUUAAGUGGCUGUCCCAAUUAACCAAUGGCCCAUUUAACUGGAAUCUACUGUACUUUGGGAUAUGUGAAAAUUUUUAUUUUUGUGUGCAGACUAUUAAUUUUCCCAAGUUUAAAUACAUUUCACCACCGAGAUUCAGCCCUGUUACCCAAGAACUUAGUUUAAAGCAUUGAUGGUAACAGAACUGUCCAGUGAUACGGAUUGUUUUGAAGGCAGUGAUAAAAGCACUAUCACUACUAGCAGUUCAAAUUUUAAUUAACACAGUAUUUUUUAUUUUGCCAUGGUAUUUGUAGUUUGUUUCCAACUGCCUGUUAUAGCUUUCAACAGGAGGAGGCUAAGUCAUUGCACCAAUUUGGCUGAGCUGUUUUUUAUCAUAUCCUGGGUAAAAGAUUCAUUGAUUUUUUUUGUUCUUUAGAAUGACUUGGGAGUUUUACAUUUUUAAUAUUAGUGCAUUAAUUACUGAUUCUGGACAUGAAUAACAGUUGAAAUUUUAGUUUGGGUGCACUUGUGAUCACAGAUGGUGGAUGUGAAGUAAGUGAACAGCAUUAACAGAACCAAGAUGUGUCAUGAAUUGAGUCACAUCCUCUCAAUUUAAUUUUUUUUGGGGCAGAAUUGUAUGAAUUUUUUUUAAUUGCAGCCGUUUAUAAAUUGAAAUCUAAAACAGUCCAGUGAUUCUCUAUAACAUGUUUGUUUUUCUUUAAAUAUACAUAAUGUCAGAUGAUUUGAAAAUUGCACUCCCAUAUCACUUUUUGAAAGUGUCACAGUUCAGAGUUCAAUUCUGACAUAAGUUGUAAGGAGUUUAUACAUUCCUCCCUGUGAAUGUGUGGGUUUCCUCCCGCAGUCCAAAACGUAUUGGUUAGCAGGUGAAUUGGUUGUUGUAAAUAGUCCCGUGAUCGGGCUGGUGUGAAAUAGGUGGUUGCUGGGCAGCAUGGCCCAUUGGGCUGCAAGGACUUGUUCUGUGUUGUAUCUCUAAAUAUGCAAAUUAAAUUAAAUGGCCUGAGAGAUCUGCAACAUUGGUUUUCAACCAGCUUGAUAUUUUUCACUUUGAUAUAUUUUUUUAUUAUGGGAACCUGUUGGGAGUCACAGUUUACUUGAAAUCUCCCAUUUGUAAAUUUCUUGGAAGCAGAUCUUUCAGUAACCAUUUAUUUAGCUUACUUCCAAUUGAAAAAUCUUAGAAUUAAACUUUCCCUCCAUGUAUCGUCUGUUUAAAAUUACCACUGACCAUAUGCUCGACAUGUAAAACUCUUAUCACACUGAUUAAUCUUAGGCUUGAUAGAUUUGUGCAAAUCGAGUGUAAGGUCAGUGCUAACUUAAACAGGCAGUGUGUGGAGAGAUAGUUUAUCCAGUUUGUAACUAAUCAAAAUGGGAUGCAUUGUUAUUCUACAUGGAACAGUACAGCACAGAACCAGGCCCUUGGCCCUUAAUGUGGUGCUGAACCCAUUAGGUUAUUAUCAAAUGGCUAUCUAAACUAAUCUGCUACACAAUGUCUAUAUCCUUCCAUUUCCCUUGCAUUCAUAUUCCUAUCUAAACAACUGUUGAAUGUCUCUGGUGUAUCUGCCUCUACCACCACCCCAGGCAGUGCAUUCCAGCACCCACCACUUUAUAAGAACUUGUCCCUCACAUCUCAUUCAAAAUUACUCUGCUCACCAUGUCCUCUGGUAUUAGACGUUUCAACCCUGGGAAAAAGAUAUUGUCUGUCUAUAUCUAUGCCUCUCAAAAUCUUAUAAACCUCUGAGAUCUCCCCUCAGCCUCUGCCGCUCCAGAGAAAACAACCCAAGUUUGUCUUACCUCUUGUUUUUCGCACAGGCCCUCUACUCCAGGCAGCAACCUGGUGAGCUCCUGUACCCUUUGCAAAGUUUCUCAAUCUCUAUGGAAAAUUCUACCUUUCAGUUUUUGUGGUGUUAUUGCUUCAAUAUUUUUUUAUCAAACUUAACCCGGAGAAGGAUGCAAGGUGUGUAAUCAGAUGGAAAUGGGAGUUUUAAAGCAGCAUAUCAACCCCAUGGGAGGUCAUCCCAAGAACACAAUUCUCACUGGACUCUGAGCAGAGCUGCCUGAAGCAGAAAUUCAGCAUUAAUUUUUAAAUAGCAUUCCAGCUUUUUACCUUUUUAUAUAAAAAAAAUUACAAAUCUUGUUUUAAGGUUCUGUUAGGAUAUAGACGCUCGAAGAUUCUAUAAUUAAUAUGAAAGUUGUUUCCAAUUUCGGAGUGAAAUUUUUUAACCACAGUCGUGUAGUGGUUAGAAUGAUGCUAGUACAGCUUGGGGUGUCAGCCUUCAAAGUUCAAUUCCUGCAUUCUCUAAAAGAGAGUUUGUACAUCUUUCCCGUGUGCUUCCACCGGGUGCUCCAGUUUCCUCCCACAGUCUAAAGAUGUACCAAUUAAUAAUUGGCCAUUUUGUAAAUUGUUCUGUGAUUAGGCUAGGGUUAAAUAGGUGGGUUGCUGGUGGUGUGGCUGUUUGCGCUGUAUCUCUAAAUAUUUCUUAAAAUCAGAUAGUUAUAUAUCUAAAACAAAUAGCAUACUCUUCUCUUCCCCCCACCCCCAUCCUUGUAUAGCCUUCAUGCAAGUGUCUUGCAAAACUCAUUGAGUACUGCCUAUUAAAUACAAUAUGCCAUUGGGUACACAUCUUGGGUAAAAUCCCUCUUCCCUCCCAACAAGCAGUGGCAAUGAGCCACACUUCUGGCAGUUUUCCUGUGACUUAGAGAUCUGCUCCUUAUUAUUAAUAAUGAGCACUGUUUUGUCUCAUGGGGUAGUUACCAGGAGGCAUCUAUUUAACCCUGCUCUCCUCUCUUACACCUUCCCCGCCCCCAUUUAACUUAGAACUUGUAAUGAUCAUAAGUGUGACUUUAAGUUUUUAAAGUUUUUUAAUUAUUUAGCAAUACAGCGUGAAGUAAGCUCUUCCAGCCCUUCAAGAAGCACUGCCCCAGCAGCCCCAGUUUAAUGCUAACUUAAUCAAUUUACAAUGACCAGUUAACCUACUGGUUAUGUCUUUGGACUGUGUCAGGAAAUUGGAGCACCCAGGGAAACCCAUGCAUUCCAUGUGGAGAAUGUACAGAGGAUACCAGAAUUGAACUCCAAACAUUGACGCCCUGUUGCUAACUUCCCAAUUAUUAAACUGUUAUGAAUUAUGUGGCCUGGGUGCUUGCGUUUUGCCUUGAAUUGGCUUGUUUCUGAUGUUGGGGGAGCUUCCAUUUGACAAACAUACUAGUAGUUUAAAUGCAAGUGAUGUGCGUCUCUGCUCUGGGUGAAGUUAGUUCACUUACCACUCACUGGAGCAGGAUGCAUCACAACAGUAGGUAAAUUUGAGCAGGGAUAACUGAUCAGUGAAACUAAUGUGACUUUAAUCCUACAGUUCUCAAUGUAGAAGCAAGAAGAUGUGAUGUAGAAUUGUGCUUGACAGUUUAGUGUCAAACACAAAUGACACAUGGAGCAGGUGUACCUACAGCAACUCACUAGAGACCUCUGUCCCAGGCCAGUCUUUCAAAUUGUCCCCAUCCUUCCACUCCCAGGGGUAAGGUUUCAAAGCUCCUGUUGCCAUUUCUGUAGCACUGGGAUUUUAACAGGAUGGGUGCUAGUUCCAUGCCCCACCCUCCUUUCACAGCCAGGUGGAGCUGGGGAUUUAAUGACUUGGGUGAAAUAUGGGAAGCAGUGUGGACAUUUGGAUCUGGAGCCUUGGAAAGCAGGCAACCUCUCCAAAUGAGAGUCUGGCAGAAAGCUGGUGGUUAGGGUACUCUUUGAAACAGGAAGAUGGGUCUAGUAGAUGUGUCCUACUGCCACACAGAACAUUAAUUUUAUCAAAAUAUAACCGGUAUUUGUUCUCCACUCAAGGGCAGGUUUAACUUCAGUACAUGUAAAUAUAUAUUCAUCGAGUAGAUAUACAAUUUAUUUUUUAUUUCCACUUGAAGUUACAUUUCUUAUUCAAAGUUUACAAAAAUAAAGGUUUUUAUUUCAAGUUUUUUUCCAGUAUGAAAAUUGCCUUGAUGGCAUUUAUGAUGUAAUGCAUAACUUCACUGCUAAUUUUUGCUUGUAGACUAGUUGAUGUCAGUAUUAAAAUGAACACUAGUUGCCAUAUUGGAAUAGGUAUUAAACAAAAGUUCGCUACGCAUGUAUUUUGUAUUAGUAAACUUUAAACUGCAUUAUACUGUACACUACAAUUGGGGAAAAAAAGCCAAGGAAAUAACACAAGCCUGUAUUAUUUCUAGUUCAGAAGAUAAAACACAAACCGAGAAUGGGAAAAACAUACCAAUAGAGUUUAGUAUUUGCUAAUUUUACAAUACCUUGUUUGUUAUGUAUAUGUAGGAAAGUGAUAGGGAUAAAAAUUCAAUUUAUUGAGUAAAGUUUAAAACCAUAUAUUUUAUGAUAAAGGGCCUUUAACUUAAUGUGGCCAAAGCACUGAUAUAUAUUUGCUGUAAAGAGAAUUAUAAGAGUUUUAUUUUUCUGAUAUUAAAAGUUACUUAAUAAAGACGGUUUCCAUUAAAACUGACA